UCUUUGAAAUUUCUGGACAUUAUAAACGCGAACACCAUGCGGACCACUGAUGUGGACACCAUGCGGCCACUUAUUGACGGGACAUGGCGUUAUCUGAAUAAGUUACCGACGUGGAUUUGCGCGCCAUAUGACGAGGACGAGGAGCUAGCAGCGGAGGCAGCGACAGGGACGGGCAGGAGGAGCCGUGCACGCAGCUGGAGCAGGGGCGUUUCGGGGAAGCAGAACAAGAGCAAAUGGCCACGCUUUUGCAGCAACACCAGCAUGCCUUUUAUUGCAGUCUACGGUGACAGCCAGUUGCGUCCUUUGGUGGAGGGCUGUGUAGCACCAAAGGGCAGAUUCCUCUUUGGUUUCAACAGCACACCUGGAGGAACACUGCGGCAUGUUCGACUGGAAAUGCAGGACAACCAUCCACCACGAGAACCAGCCAUGGUUGUGCUCGUUGCUGGAACGAACAAUCUCCACGGUCCAACCACCACGGAGGUAGACAUGGAGGAGUUCGUACACCUGGUUCGCUCAACGAAAGCACAGUUUCCGACAAGCAAGAUUGCAGUGGUUGGUGUUUUGCCACGCCUUGACAGGGACACCUCAGUCUACAACAACCUGUUCAAGGAUGCCUGCGACAGAGAGGAGGUCAGCUUCUUGGAUUACACUGAGAAGUUUCCAACAAGGCAACGUAGGCUGUGGAGCAGGCACGACAGCCUGCAUCUCAGUGAAGAUGCAGGGCUUCCACGGCUCAUGCAGUUAAUGGAGAGAAGCUGUGCCAACCUACUUGGAGAAGGAACUGGGAUGUCAUACGCUACCCCUUCAAGCAGGAAGUCAACAGCUGACAGAUGGAACACACAGCAACCAGGACAGCCUGCAGAACUGACCAGAGCAGAACUGACCAGAGCAGAACUGACCAGAGCUGGACUGACCAGAGCAGAACUGACCAGAGAUGGACAUGCCUAUGUCCCUCAUGCAAGGCAUGCUGGGCUGUAUAAGGCACAACUCUGGACAAAGAAGGGGGGCAGUGCAAAGCCAGCAAGCUGUAGUAGCUGCAUGCAGCACCAGAGGAGACAUAAAGCAAAGAAAAGCAAGCCCAAAAGAAAGUUCUACCAACCAGCAAAGGACCACUUCAGGGAAUGGACAACAGAUGGAGAGAAAGCAGCCACUACAGAAGAACAUAGCACCAACUCAGACGAUACUCCGGGCUCUGCAGAAGGGACUCCAGGCUCUGCAGAAGGGACUCCAGGCUCUGCAGAAGGGACUCCAGGCUCUGCAGAAGGGACUCCAGGCUCUGCAGAAGGGACUCCAGGCUCUGCAGAAGGGACUCCAGGCUCUGCAGAAGGGACUCCAGGCUCCGCAGAAGGGACCCCAGGCUCUGCAGAUGAGACUCCAGGCUCUGCAGAAGGGACUCCAGGCUCUGCAGAAGGGACCCCAGGCUCUGCAGAAGGGACUCCAGGCUCCGCAGAAGGGACCCCAGGCUCUGCAGAUGAAACUCCAGGCUCUGCAGAUGAGACUCCAGGCUCUGCAGAUGAGACUCCAGGCUCUGCAGAAGGGACUCCAGGCUCUGCAGAAGGGACUCCAGACUCUGCAGAAGGGACCCCAGGCUCUGCAGAAGGGACCCCAAGCUCUGCAGAUGAGACUCCAGGCUCUGCAGAAGGGACUCCAGGCUCUGCAGAAGGGACUCCAGGCUCUGCAGAAGGGACUCCAGGCUCUGCAGAAGGGACUCCAGGCUCUGCAGAAGAUGGCUCAGCCGGCAGAAGGAGAGACGUCAGGGUCUUGCAAAGUGCUGACGGCAAUAAGAGCAGCGUGAGUAAAGAAAAUAGCUUGCCCAUUAUGCAAUCAUGCCCUCCAGGCCACAAUCUACAUGGUACGGAUGGGAAAAGUGUCAAGGAAAGUAAUCCAACAUAUUUAUUUCUUAAGAUGAAUAAGCUUUAUUGCAUUCCUUUUGGCCCUAACACAACAUGUUUGCAGCUUUAUCGGGAAGUUGAAAAGCGAGCUGUGGGAAUUUUCUUGGGGAAUCCUGAUAUGAUAAUCAUGUACUGCAGCAAGGUUUUAGAAAGAAAUAGUGUGCACCCAUUGUCAACAUAUGGCAUUGUGCCUGGAUGUACAGUAACUGUUUUUCUUCCGCUCAAAGGUGGUGCAAGAGUACCUCCUCCCCGCUACAUAAACACAAUACGUCAUUCUAUAGACCAUAGUUGUCCAGUAGACAGCUUUUUAGAUCUAACACACUUUGGUAUCUUCAGCAAUAUCAACCUAGACGAAAGCAAACUUUGUCCUUUGAACAAAUUACUUCUAAAAUCUUACCAAGAAAGGCACAGUAGUGAUUGGGUAAAAGCUCAGAAUUCUAGAAAUGAGCCAUGGGACUAUAUUUGUCAGAAUCUUAGACUAUUUUUGCCAAAAGGAACAAGUAGUGCAUAUCUUGGUGACAUUUGGAGUCAUAUUUGUAAAACACCUUAUGAGAGCGAUAUCUUUAAGUGUCGUAUGAGAGUAAAAGUUGAAAAAUGUGAAAGAUGUCUUGCUACAUCGGACUCAGCUCAGGUAAUGGAGCUGACUACAUCAGUUCCACUCUUAUUACUUCAUAGUAAUAUUCGGUCAGGAAGGGAGUCUUUGGAACAUAGGAUUGAGGAUGAGAUUAUUCAUAUGCCCCUUCGUAAACACUGUCCUACAUGCUGUGACUCGACACAUCGGACACUUCACACAUACAGCAUUGUUCAAGAUUCCCAGCACAUGCCAGAGUUCUUGUUAGUGAAUCAUUGUGGUUUUAAAGAUCAAGCAAUCAUGGUCCAAGAAAAGAUAACUCUGCUGGGGACAGAGUACACUUUGGUUGGUGCUGUCAGAUCCACAGGAGGUGUCCAUACACCGGGCCAUUUUGCAGCAAAAGUGAAGUUUGAUGGGAUGUUCUAUGAUUAUAAUGACCUAAAUGAAAGCACAAUUAAAGCUCGAACAUUAUCUGGUCUCCUCACAGGAAGGGAAAGGGAUUCUUUUGUAACAAGACCUGAAGAAGAUAGUAUUAACAUGUAUGCAUUUUUGAAAUCUUCAGAAGUCAAUGGCAGUCACUUUGUAAUGAGAAGAACGCCCAGCAACAGGGACAUGAUCCAAAUUGAUAUUGAUGUGUACCAGCCUGAGGAUACUUGUAAGAUGUAUACUGUGCCUGGGGUUAGUGUUGAAAAGGAAUCCAUGCUUUCAGAGCUAAGACAUGUACUUGAGAAAAACAGUAAUUUCUUGGGUAACCGCUUCACUUUUGCCUACUUGAUGGAAGGGACACUCUUUCCAGUCAUGAAAAGCAUGGAAGACAGCAGAAACAUUGAAUUCAUUAUGAAGCAUGAUAUCUCUGGCUGUAAUAGAUUGCCAUUGCAAUUGACUAAAAGAACAAAUCAAUCACCAUGUGAUGACGAAAAGGAGCACAAGAAAGCGUGUAAGGACAUAGAAGCUCAAAUUAAGAAUUCUAAAAGAACAAAUCAAUCACCAUGUGAUGACAAAAAGGAGCACAAGAAAGCGUGUAAGGACAUAGAAGCUCAAAUUAAGAAUACUGCAACAAAUAUGAAUGUAACAAUAGAAGACGAGUGUAGCGAUGAAUGGAUCGAUAUUGAUAUAGAUGUCUACCGGGACAGUUGUAAGUUGCAUACUUUGUCUGGGGUUAGCGUUAAAAAACAGUCAAUGAUAUCUGAGCUAAGACCAGUAAUUGAGAAAAUGAGUAAUUUUUCGGAAACAAGCUUUAAAUUUGCUAGCAAAAUGUGUGAGGAGCUGUUUCCAAUGACUCCACAUCAAGAAAGCAUAUGUAAACUUCAAGACAUGAUACAGCAUACCGAUAGAUGUGAAGUACCCAUACUGUUGACCAAAACAACAACUGGUUCAGUAUGUCAUGACGAAAAAGAGGGUAGAACAGGGCAUGAUCAAAUAGCUUGGGAGACAAAAACUACCAGUAAAAAAAAUAGCACAACAUUAGACAAAACCGUACCUUUCAAUCUCAGAGAUAGACAAACUCAAAUCAAGGGUAAGUCAAUGAAUAAAGACAUUGUCAUUACUGUAUUAGUUACUGACCUAGAACUAAAAUUUCCAGUCACUGUGCAGGAAGAAAGUACACUUAGGGAUGUAAGGAAGUUGAUAAUGGGUAUUCCUUACACAGGAAAUUUUUGGUCUGAAUAUGAAACCCAAAUACCGUUAGCGCAGGAAUUAAUCAUGCCUGCAUUAAAGAGCUGCUAUGUCUUGAAACAUGACAAUGGGCUAGGUAUAGAAUUCUCAGGAUGUAAAGACAAACAUACAUUUUCUGAAAGGCUCACAAUUCCCAUGUGGUCCCAAGAACUAAUAGAGGCUGAAAGGAACAUACUACUGAAGCGGAAGAUGAAGUUAUGGAAUCAACAAGUUGACAUAGUUACAGGAAGUGGACCAUCUCUUGUGACAGAGAAAUUUGUGGCAACACACCUUGCUGGUGUUGUUCAACUUAGAGUUUCUUUGAUUUUUACUCGUGUAAUAACAGUUGCAGUAAAACUGUUGGAACUUUAUAGAGCUGGUUAUAGGUAUGAACACUGCAAGGUAAAAUCAAAGGACAAAGAGCUGGAAGAAUGUAGAAAACAUUGCCGGUUGGUGGCCGAAGCAACUCGACAGGUUUCUCUGGAUAACAUGAAACUCAACAACAUUAAGAUGGAAGAAAAUGAAGAUGAAAUCAGUAAGAUAGAAGAAAGGGUGACAAGCGCUUUUAAGUACCUUGCAAAAAAGCAACAAGCUGCAAUUGAAAAAAUUGGUCCACACUUAGCAAAUAUCAGAAGAGAAGAACGAACAGAAAGAGAAGAAUUGAAAUCUUUAAAUGAGUACGAGACAGAAAAAAGAAUAUUAGAUGAUAUUGUGAAUAGAGUCCGGGAAAGGUUUCCCACAUGUGAGGAAGAUAGAAAUGUAGCAUUAUUAUCAAUUGGUGGCAGUGAGGAAGAUUUUGAGCAGGUUGUAUGCAGAGAUGAUGACAUGGGCGUGGGCAAUUCUCACAGUGACUCUGAUUCUGAAGCUAGCGCUCAUGAAUCUGACACUGAUGAAGAAUAUGAUGUACAUGCAGAAUUAACAUCGAUUGUCCCAUUCCCUAACAUGGGACGAGGUUGGUACUUCGAUAUAGGCCGUAGUGCAUUGUCCAAUAGAUCCCGAACAAAGCAAAAGCUUGAGACCCAAGUCCAAGAAUAUGAAUUUAAAGACACGGUAACUAACAUGGCAAACCCAGUUGAGGUCAAAGUAAGCAAAAUCGUAUCUGGCUCCCUGGAGGGUAAUGUUAAGGAGCUAGAAGAGAAAUUGACACAACAUUUCACCAAUAGUAAAGCCAGGACAGAAAUAGAAAUCGCAAUAGAAGUAGGCAAAUACCUUCUUAAAGAAUGCCCAUUGUUAAGUUCUGAAAAAUGUAGAGCUAUAUAUGCUAAGAAGGAUAGCCGCAGUGUAGAAGAAGACCAUGUUGACUCAGAGUCACACUCAGACUCAGAGGAUGCAGUGGCUGACAAAAGGAAGAAAAAGACAGCAGAAUUGUAUAAGGCUCUUUCAAAAAGACUUAAUCUUAUGCUAAUAUACUUCAGAGGUAAGGGUUGCUUUGUAGAAAAUGAUAGAUAUGACGUAGAUGAAAUAAUAAGAAUGUGGAACAGUUAUGAACCUGAUGUGAAAAUGACAGUCAAUAAUUUUAUUGCCAACCGACUUAAUGAAACAAUGCCAUCCGCACUAAAGAGCAUGAGCUCGAAACAUGACAGGGACAUUGCAAAGGGUAUGAUGUGUGUUGCUACUAGCAAAAAUUUUGUUGGUAAGAUGUUGUUAGGACUACAGAACACAAAGGGACUUAGAACAGCAGAAGCCAAGUACCACAUGGUAACUAGUGGCUAUAGAGCCUUGGAACAAUCAUGCCUUAGAGUAAGAGAUGACAUGACAAACAUACAGCAAUAUCAACUUUUCCUAAGAGAAAGAGAAAAAAAGAAUGAUGAAAUAUUCAUUAAGACAACAAUUAAAAAAGGGAGAGGGGCGCCCCUGAAGAUAGACUCAUUUCCAGAAUUACCACAAGUAAUAGAGACAUUUUUUGAGCUGUACACUGAAACUGGCACAGGUGGGGGAGGACUUGAAGCACAUCCACGUUUAAGCAACGAAAUUUUAUAUAAGUCACGUGACAGCGCUCUAGAUAUGAUACAAUGCAGAGAAGCACUCCUAUGUUCUCCUAUACGUCCACCAGAUUUUACGAUUUCCCGUUCAAGUUGUUAUAAUUACACUCAAAAUUACAGAGUAAACAGCAGAUCUGCAAAAGACCAUCAUCAUGGUAGAGGGAUAAAUGCCCGUGUUUCUCUCCAUGCACCACCUAGGGUGGGCAUACCACAGUUUGGUUGUUAAUCGUCACUUGGGCUACAGCAAAUUGCCAAUUUUCAAGCUGACUUAGCUGCAGAACACAAAUCAGAUUACAUGCUUGAAUUCCAAAGAUGCAAAAACAAUUGUAGUUGCCGAAAAUUGCU